AUGGUGUGGGGCUUCGGUGAUUGGCGGACCAUGAGCGUCGCGCACGUCUUUGUUUCCGGACGAUCCCGGGCAACGGGGACCCCGUCAUUCCGCUGCUACCAGUGCAGGGUGGCCAACAACGAGGACUGCCAUGAGAACUACCUGAAGACCUGUCCCUCGGACCAGGCGUACGACGUCUGCCUCACCAUGGUCGUCAAGAACGCGCAACAAGGCUUCUACAUCGAGAAGAAGUGCGCCCUGGGUCCGUGCAACCUGCGCGACGAGAAGCAAAGUCAGGGCCUCGGCCUGGACACGUGCGACCGCUCGAAGGACUCGUACAGCUGCUUCGAGUGCUGCAAGGGCGACGGCUGCAACACGAACGGUGGCCGGUCGCUGCCCCCGCUCUUCCGGGCGACGCUGGUCGCGGUCGCCCUGCUCGUGGCCGGGCUCGCCGGGGCCGCGUGA